AAGAAGAAGAAGAAGAAGAAGAAGAAGAAGAAGAAGAAGAAGAAGAAGAAGAAGAAGUAGUGACGCCGUUGACGUCAUCCCGCCUGCUCUCUGAUUGGCUGGCAGGGGUGCGGGUAAAUAAAGCUGCUGAACAGCUGGACCCGCACGGUUCUGUUCGGUUCGGACGUGAUGAUAAAACUCUCCGGUUAACGCGACACUGAGCGGAACCUCCUGUAUUUACCGAAGGGCGAAGCCUCACCGGCGACAACCUCCAGGAGCCGCGGCUCGCUCCGGUCCCAGUUCCGGUCCCGGUGCUGCCAUGAGCCGGUCUGCGGUCUGACAGGGGGAGGAUGGCCGCGGAGCUGUUCCCCAGCAACAAGCAGCUUCCCUCCGCCUCAGCUAGCAGCUCCACGGCGCUCCAGCAGAACCAGCAGAACCUCAACAACAACAACACGAAGAGCUGCUGCAGCUGGCAGGGCCUGUACCCGACCAUCCGGGAGAGGAACUCAGUCAUGUUCAACAAUGAGAUGAUGGCAGACGUUCACUUCGUGGUGGGACCUCCUGGGGGGACGCAGCGAGUCCCGGGACACAAGUACGUUCUGGCCGUCGGCAGCUCCGUGUUCCACGCCAUGUUCUACGGAGAACUGGCCGAAGACCAGGACGAGAUCCGGAUCCCCGAUGUGGAGCCGCCGUCCUUCCUGGCCAUGUUGAAGUACAUCUACUGCGACGAGAUCGACCUGUGCGCUGACACGGUGCUCGCAACGCUGUACGCCGCCAAGAAGUACAUCGUUCCUCACCUGGCUCGGGCCUGCGUCAACUUCCUGGAGACGAGUCUGAGCGCCAAGAAUGCCUGUGUGCUGCUGUCCCAGAGCUGCCUGUUCGAGGAGCCCGACCUGACGCAGCGCUGCUGGGAGGUGAUUGACGCCCAGGCCGAGCUGGCGCUGCGCUCCGAGGGCUUCUGCGACAUCGAUGUCCAGACGCUGGAGAGCAUCCUGCGGCGGGAGACGCUCAAUGCCAAAGAGAUGGUGGUGUUCGAGGCAGCGCUGAGCUGGGCUGAGGUCGAGUGCCAGCGGCGGGAGCUGCCGCCAACCAUCGAGAACAAGCGUCUGGCGCUGGGGAAGGCCAUCUACCUGAUCCGCAUCCCCACCAUGGCAUUGGAGGACUUCGCCAACGGGGCGGCGCAGUCCGGCGUGCUCACGCUCAACGAGACUAACGACAUCUUCCUGUGGUACACCGCCGCCAACAAACCCGAGCUGCUGUUCUGCAGCAAGCCAAGGAAAGGCCUGUCGCCGCAGCGCUGCCACCGCUUCCAGUCCUGCGCCUACCGGAGCAACCAGUGGCGCUACCGCGGCCGCUGCGACAGCAUUCAGUUCGCCGUGGACAAGCGCGUCUUCAUCGCCGGCUUUGGCCUGUAUGGCUCCAGCUGCGGGUCGGCAGAGUACAGUGCCAAGAUCGAGCUGAAGCGGCAGGGCAUGCCCAUGGCCCAGCGCAUCAUCAAGUACUUCUCCGACGGCUCCAGCAGCACCUUCCCCGUCUGGUUCGAGUACCCGGUGCAGAUCGAGCCCGACACCUUCUACACCGCCAGUGUGGUUCUGGACGGCAACGAGCUCAGCUACUUCGGCCAGGAGGGCAUGACGGAGGUGCAGUGUGGGAAGGUCACCUUCCAGUUCCAGUGCUCCUCGGACAGCACCAACGGCACCGGAGUGCAGGGAGGACAGAUCCCCGAGCUUGUCUUCUACGCCUGAAGUCCAGAGACUUCAGGAUGCUCCUGGACUCACUGCCCAGAACCUGAACCUGAACCUCAACCUCGACCUGGACCUGAACCUGAAUCUGGUCAGAAAGUAGGUGGGUCCAACCUGUCGGACGCUCAUCUCGAUUUUAAAAUCCGUUAAUUUAAUUUCUGAACAAACGGGAGGAAACGGUGUAUUUGUUGGGACUAUUUUCUGCUGCAGAUUAAUCCACAAAAUCACCAGAUUCAGUGUUUCCGCUAGGAUUUUUUCCUGCAGUGGCGGCAGGCUCCCUGCUCCGCUCCAAGUUAAAAGUCAAAAAUGUCAGAUGAAAGUGAAAUCUGUCAGAAAAAAAAUCAGGUGUUAGUUUUAACUUGAGCUUAAAUCAUCACAGAAACACAGAAUUAUGAAUUUAAAUUUAAAAAUGUUUGAGGAAAAAUCAAAGUUGAGUUAAAAAGUUAAUUUUGAUGUUUUAAUUCAUUAGUUUCAAAUUUAGUUUGAUGACGUGAACAUUAAAAAGUCUGAUGUAUGGGUUUAAAGUUAAAAAUAUUUGGUGUAAAAUUCUAAAUUUUAAGUUAAAAAGUUCAAUGUUGGAGUAAAAAGUAAAACACGAGAAAACGUCAAAUUUAUUAUUAAUCAUUAAAAAUUCUAAUUAAAGUGCAUUUAUUUAGACUGAUGUAUUUAAUUGUUUAACGUAUUUAAACUCACACAAACAGGAAACACAUUUUUAAAUUCAGGAUGUCUGGAUUUCUAGCGUCCCUUCAAAAUAAAGCGCCAUAAACCUGCUAAAUGGUUUCAUCACUCGGUGCUCCUGUUUGGUUUCAGAUAAACCAGCAUCUCAGUUUGUGGCCUUAAAGAAAAUGCUUUUAUUUUGUAGGAGAAGGUGUUUCCUGUGCAGCUCUGAAAACAUUCCUGCUCCUCCUGAAGGACUUUAAGAACAAAUGAAGCUUUUAUUAUGAAGCCUGUUGAUGGUUUAUGAGUUUUUGUAUUUCCUGUUUAUAUCUCCUGACUUUGUACCGUUUAAAUGUACCUUUGUCUUGUGUUUCACCUUUUCUGCUCCGUUGUUUUUGUAAAUACGUUUCCGUGACGCACUUGUAUGUCGGAUCUUUUUGAAACGGAGGACGAAGUGUUUUGUAUCCGAUUCUAUACCCAGAAAACGUCUAUUUUUGUUUCCAGAAUGUGCAGCGAGUCGGUGGAAAUAAAAGGUUCAAUCAGA